CAAAUGUUGGGUAAUUAUUUGAAGAACUUUCUUAAUUGAGCUAAGAACAUUGUUUAUCGGGCCUGAAAAUUGUUGUCUCUACAAAGAAACUUCAGCGUCCCGAUCAUCAAUUGGUUAUUUUCAGUAUUGUGCUGGUUACAUUUGACUUUAAAUAGUGUUAGUGUGUUUUUCUAAAAGUCGGCAAACAGUGUAAAGCAUGUCGGGUCGUGUUCGAAAGCAGUCCGACUGCCCAGUUGGGAAACAAGGGCCAAUGAGAGCUACUCUCCCGGUGUCAUCAGUGAUGAAGCAAAGUGGUGGUUUGAAGAAGAAUGCCGGCAACAGUCCGACUUUGUCCCCAACGAACGCGUGGCGACGAAUAUCGCCCGAUCACGCCCUUUCGGGACAGAGGAGCCCUGGUGCAGUAAAUUACAAAGGCAAAGGUCGUUUUGGUUCGAGUGUAAUCAGACGUACAGCUUCUUUGGAUACAUUAUAUCAUAAAGGCCAAUGGUCCAGGGACUACUACUUACAUGCUGGCCAACUGCAAGUGGACAAAUCGACUCAGACUGAUGAAGGGGGUGGAGCUUCUGGUCGAUCUUCGAGAGGCUCAGAUGAUGACAAGCUUGACCGCUUUUUAAGAAGUCGACUGCAACGACCGCACAAAUCGGCUACCUCUGGUGAUUCAGGACAUGCAAUGAGCCCAGGCUUUUGGUCUCGCUUUGGCAGUGGUAGUGUACCACUCCGAGCGGCGAGAUCAUCAGUGGAAGGCCUCAACCAAGAGAUUGAGAAACUGGUUUUAUAUCCUGCUAGUGGCACACAAACACCUCAUCUCGACCGGAUAAGGGAUAAGGUGACUCCUGAAGGGCACAGGGCACCACUGGCAGAGCUGUUCAGGCGCUCCGUCAACACACAAACUCCACACGAUCUCUGUCACACGGCUCAUUCUUCAGGUGGUAGUGUUUGCUCGUCUCCAGAUCUUGAUGGGUCUAAACUUGGAACAUCGCCGCAGAUAAACCGCUUUUUAGCUCGGGAACCACCAGACGGUUGUGAAAAAGUGAAUUUGAAAGCAGGCGAGGGUGCGCAUCCCGAAGUAUCCACGGUGAUAAAGCCAGCAGUGGUCGGAUUCACACUACGACCGUCUCUGGGGUCGGCGUUCCAACCGCUUAACCCCGCGCCCCACUCCCAUUCACCCCACUCCCACUCCCCCCACGAAGCCCACUGAUCCCUC